GCCCGGCCCCGAGCCCGCGGAACCUGCGGCGCGGCCACCCCGCGGCAUGGCAGGGGUCGUGGUGAGCGGAGCCCAGGUGUCCUACAUUAGUCAGGACUGUGAAGAAAUUCCAGAAUUCCUAGGAAGAAAAUAUGGACAUAUGGCAAAAAGGCUAGACCUUAGCUUCAACUUGUUAAGGUCACUAGAAGGACUGAAAACAUUCAGUUACUUGGAAGAACUGAUCUUGGACAACAAUCUACUCGGAAAUGACCUUCUGUUACCCAGGUUACCCCACCUCCAUACCUUAACGCUCAACAAGAACCAAAUAACAGAAUUAGAAAGCCUUUUGGACCAUUUGGCUGAAGUUGUGCCCUCACUACAGUAUCUCAGUUUGCUUGGAAACAUUGCUUGCCCAAAUGAACUGGUCUGCAAAGAAAAGGAUGAAGAUGACUACCAGAGAUACAGAUAUUUUGUCCUGCACAAAUUGACAAACCUGAAAUUUCUCGAUACUCGGAAAGUAACCAGGAGGGAGAGAGAGGAAGCCCUGAUAAGAGGCGCCUUCAUGAAAGUGGUUAAGCCCAAGGAUGCUAAGGCCUCCAGUGCUGCUGCCUCUGCCUCUCCAGAGAGCCACUACACACCUCUGCCCUCCGGAUCCAGAGACCUCACCAACCACAGAGGCAUUUUGGGGAAAUGUCGCUACAUUUACUAUGGAAAACACUCCGAGGGCAACAGAUUCAUCCGAGAUGACCAGCUAUAAAACACAGUGCUGUUUUGUGCCUCUUCAGUCCCUCCACAUGAGAAGCACAAAUCACAUCUACAUUUUAAGCAUGUAACUAAAGUCCUCUAGUGCCUUCUGCUGACUUUGCCAAGCCUGUCAAGAUCAUCCUUCUAUCUUAGUCUGAGUAGUCACAUAGAGAUUGACAUGAUUGCCUUUAAGCAGGUCCCAUCCACCAGUGUGACAGGCAGCUGCAGCCAAGCAGCCGGCCUGACAGGAGGAGCGCCGUGAUGGAUUGCCUGGUCUGAGUGCUGCUCGCAGGAGAGCAGGGGUCACACCUGGGGCUGGACUGAGCCUGCUCCAUCCGUGGCGCCUCCGCAAAAGCACCGCGUUUAUCUCUGCCUGGCCUGUUGAGAGAAAGUGGAUGCUGAUAUCAAAGUGUUUAUAAAAGAGAGAGGCUUUAAUUUCAGAUGAAAAAGCCCUUAUCUGUUCUUAUUUUUUUCCCUGUGAAUUAAGUGCUUGUGUUUCUAUCAUCUCAUACAUGCUUACACAAAUCCUUUCACAGUUUGGUGGUACACUCAUCCACCCCCAAAUGGAUUCUUUUUCCUUUCAGCAGGGAAAAAUAUAUAUCCUGAAAACAUUUUGGCCAUGCAAAGCACUGUCAAUUGGUAUGGAUGUUUAUAUGCAAAGGAAAAGGAUUUAAGCAAUUUCCCAAACAAAUUUUUCUAAUUCUUGAAUGGCAUCUCAUCGUUUACUAGCUCUUACCUUCAGAAAAGUGAACAUUUCUUUAUGCUGUAAAAUCAUGUCAUAGCUUAACUGUUUACACUUGGAAGAAGUCCUCAUUAGUGAUGUUGACAGUGUGUAUUAUUCUUGGUUUAUUGCACAAGCUAUUUUUAACUUGUAGGGAUUACGUUUAGAAUUAAAUGCUUAAAUUUGGGGAAAAAACUGCUUAAAAGGAAUGAUAUGAAUCUGCCACCAGAUGGGUAUGAUUAUUCAGAGAGGAGAAAAGUCAACAAAAGUAACUGGUGGAAUUGAAAUAGUUAGCAGCUUUACUAAUAUAUUAGAGAGAUGAGUUCUGAAUAAUCCUUUUUGAUAUCUAUGUAAGAAAGUCUACUCUCAAAUUUUCAGUCAAAAAAAUAAAAAGGCAUAGCAAAGUUCCUGCUUUUCUGAUAAAGAGGUUGAACAUAUUCACAAUCAUGAACUUGUUGCUAUGGAAAAAAAAGUCCCAUACUUUAUGCAUUAAAUUCUACUUGAUACAAUGGGAUUGGCCAAGGAAUAUGCAAAAAAUUCUGACCUCUGUUCCAAACCCAUUCAUAUGGAUCCCAGUUGAGAGCUAUCAAGCUGCCAAGCCGUUCUUGGUUUGUUUGAAAUUACUUGGUGGUCUUUAUUCACUUUCCUGGUUAAAAAAAAUACCAGUUUUUAGAAACUGUCUACCUUGGGGGCUUUUAUUAGCUGGAAUCACAGGUGGAAGUGAACUGGACAUGGAAGCCAGUCGUGAAGGCAGAUGUGACAUGAAAUAGUGAGGCAUUGGCUGAGUGCCGAAGGAAAGCUUGCUGCUGCUCAGCAUUUUAGGCCUCACUUAGUAAACGGAAGCCUUUGCUCACUCUGAAAGCAUAUAAUAAAUCUUUGACAGAUACUUAAAAUCACUGAUGAGCAUAGAACGAUCUAGUUCACACCAGUUGUAGUUCAAAUUGAGCUCUGAACUGUUUGAUUGGUGUCUGGAAAGCAUGUUUUAGCCACUUGUCAUGCUUCUUCUAAUGUCAUAUAUGACUACAAACGAAUUCACAUUACAAGUCCAGGGAGAUACCAGAUAAAGGAAAACUACAUGCCUUUUUCUUUAAUAAAAGAUAUUAAUAGAAAUAUUUAGGGCACUUGUCGUCUGUUUUGGUUACCAAAAUAACAGCAAGCUUAGUUUGUUCCUAUCAUGAUGUCUGUUUUGAAGACUCCACACAUUUUGGCUAUGGCAAUGUUACAGGCAGCAGGAUUUGGAAUAGGGGUGUUUAGAAUAACCUAAUGUCACUUUCAGUCUGUUUCCCUAUAUGUUCUUGUCUUUAUAAAAGGCUUUA